CCGGAGACUUCAGUUUUAAUUCGAGACGACAGAUAGAACUACUAGGAAUUUUCUAUACACCAGAGAGUAUGGAGUAAAGUAGAGGCUCAAUUCUGGGAAUUUGAGUGACCCCACCGACAUCGUAGUACCUCACCUAAAGACGAGAGGGCGCCACAUGCAAUGUUGGGGUGUCUGCCCGGUCGGCGGACUCGGUAACUGCCGCAGUAGCAGUUCGGCUGUCAGAGGGACCAGUCGACGACGAGUGAAGUGGUAUUUUCUGCGUUACUAAAUUGACGCCCUCUCUCUCUUCGGGUGAGGCACUACAAUGCCGGUGGGGUCACUCAAACCCCCAGAAUUGCGCCUCUAUUUUAGUCAAUCCUCUUCGGUGUACGUUAUUAUUUUGCCAGUGAAGUGAUCGCAACUGCACGUGGAGUGAUUGCCGAGUGAUUUGUGAGUGAUUUGUGAGUGAUUUGUGAGUGCUUUUACGAGAAUUAAUCCACGCAUUUGUUAAACAAACUCCUGGGGCACGUGUUCAAGAUGAAUGAAGACGAGAAUCCGAAACCAUCAAGACGUCCCCCGAAGAAUCCCGUGAAUAAACAGAAACUAGCACGUCACCGUCGAGGAGAUGGACUCCAGUUGCGACGAGGGGCGACCUCAAUAAAAAACAAAACUCUUUUAAAAAAGCUGCGACAGCGAGAGAAAGCGAUAGAAAGAGCAGCUGAACAGGCAGCAAGAGCUGAACUACUGCUGACAGAAGAGUCAGGCCACCUAGAGGCUGACAUCGGCGAGCACACGACUCAGUACAAUCAAAGGGAAAUCGCUGAGAACGUCGAUAUCACCAGUGCCUCCAAGCACUUCAGGUUGAACCUGGAUUUUGGUGCUUAUACCCACAACUACACGAGAAAUGGAAGACACCUGUUGCUCGGAGGUAGAAUGGGACACGUCGCAGCGUUCGACUGGGUGACGAAGAAACUCUCCUGCGAGAUGAACGUCAUGGAGUCAGUUCACGCCGUAUCGUGGCUACACCUGGAGACGAUGUUCGCCGUUGCCCAGAAGAACUGGGUGCACAUCUACGACAAUCAGGGAAUUGAAAUUCACUGUUUGAAGAGAAUGAAUGGAGUUACGAGACUGGAAUUUCUUCCUUAUCACUUUCUUCUGGCAUCUGGGAGCUACGAGGGAUGCCUCACCUGGUUAGACGUCUCCAUUGGACAGAUAAUCUCCAGAUUUGAUUCCAAAUUGGGGAGAAUAGCUGUUAUGACACAGAAUCCGGGUAAUGCAGUCCUCUGUAUUGGGAAUUCGAAGGGUGUUGUCUCCAUGUGGGCCCCCAGGUCCAAGGAUCCUCUGGCUAAGAUGUUGUGUCAUCGUCAGGGGAUCAGUUCCGUCGCUGUUCAUCCGCAUGGAACGUACAUGGCCACUAGCUGCCCUGACAGAACCGUCAAGACCUGGGACGUCAGGCAACUCUCUGGUCCUGUCCACAAUCUCGUUCUGAGAUCACCUGUUAAUAAUUUAGUUUACAGUCAGAAGGGCCUUCUCGCUGCAUCUUCAGGGAAUUGUGUCGAGAUUUUCAGGGAUUCCGGAGACACCAUGAAGCCUUACCUUCGUCACAAAGAGACCUGGGGCAUUUCGUCCCUUCAAUUCUGCCCAUUCGAGGACGUCUUGGGUGUCAGCACAGCCAAGGGAUUCAUCUCGGUUCUAGUCCCCGGAAGUGGUGAACCGAAUUUCGAUGCCCUCGAGCUCAAUCCCUUCCAGACGAAGAGCCAGAGGCGAGAGGCCGAGGUCAAGGCCCUUCUCGAUAAAAUUCAGCCUGAAUUAAUUACCCUGGAUCCUGGAGCUGUGGCCGAAGUCGAUGUACCAACUCUCAAGGACAAAGUCGAGGCCAAGAAGAAGCUUUUGUUCAUCAAACCUCAGGCGAUAGACUUCAAGCCCAGGAGAACUAAAGCCAAGGGCAAAGGUGGCACCGCGAAAAUCGUAAAAACCAAGAAAAUAUUGAAGGAAUUGAAACGAAAAGAAGCUGCUGAGACGAUACGACAAGUAUCCGAGGAAAAGGCGAAGAAGAAAAAACCAGUGAAUAAUAAAGAUUUUGGUGCACUGAAUCGAUUUCUCCCGAAAUCGAGCUAAAACUAUAAUUUUUCAUGUACAAUAAUCCUGAACAGACGAGCGAAUAAAAAAUUAACAAUCAAGUGGAAAUCCAAAAUUAAA